AUGAAUUCACGGUAUGGCUUGGAGAAGAGGAGAAAGGAGGAGAACGUUCAAGAUUCAUCAAGUUCUUGUGAUUUUGGUUGUGGAAUUUGCAAAGGAUUCAAUCCUUACGAGGAAACAGAAAGUGGAAUUCUUGAAUUUGAUGCUGAAUUAAGAAGUCAGGAACCGAUUAUCAUCACAGUAGAAGAGACUAGGAGAGAUGAAGUGCAAAAAUUAGAAGUGAGCAAUAUCAGUAACGCUUUCCUAGAGAAUAUUCCCAAUGAUGAUGAAUAUGCAAAGAACAAUUCAACAAUUUUGCCUGCUGAUGAGCAGAUCCACUUUCCAGAACAUUAUGCAAUAGAAAAUGUUUCGAGCACUGAGGGGUUUAAAAAUCGCGCUUUCUAUGUGUUUAAUCAGGUUUAUUUGGAUGUGGUUGAACAUGUUAAUUUCCUUGUCAAUAGUAACGGACAAUUGAUACCUUCUGAAGUUAAUGGAGCGUUGAAGAUGAGAGCUUAUUUGAGUGGCAUGCCUGAGUGCAAGCUCGGGCUUAACGACAAAGUACUAUUGGAGGCUCAAGGUCGACCUACCAAAGGCAAAUCCAUUGAUUUGGAUGAUAUCAAUAUGUGUGUGUGUCUGGCUAGGUUUGAAAAUGAUCGCACAAUAUCUUUUAUACCUCCUGAUGGAUCAUUUGAUCUGAUGACUUAUAGACUCAGUACUCAGGUGAAGCCACUGAUUUGGGUGGAAGCUCAAGUUGAAAGGCAUUCAAGAAGCCGCGUUGAGAUGCCUGUCAAGGCCAGAAGCCAAUUUAAAGAGCGAAGCACUGCUACGAAUGUUGAAAUUGAGUUUCCUGUACCAUCUGAUGCAAUGAGUCCCAUCAUACGAACAUCGAUGGGAUAUGCUACAUAUGCUCCUGAGCGAGAUGCAGUGGUAUGGAAAAUCAAGUCAUUUCCGGGUAACACGGAUUACAUGCUGAGGGCAGAGUUUAGACUUUCAAGUGUAAUAUCCGAAGAUACACCUCCUGAUAGAAAAGCUUCAAUCCGCGUUAAGUUUGAGAUACCAUAUUUUACAGUCUCAGGAAUUCAGGUUCGUUAUCUCAAAAUCAUUGAAAAAAGCGGAUAUCAAGCUCUUCCAUGGGUGAGGUACAAAACAAUGGCUGGUGAAUAUGAACUAAGGCUUAUAUGAGCAGGACUAUCUUUGUGGCACUGCACUAUG